CUGUAUAUCAACACUCGUGUAAAUACGAAAGUUCUGCCCUCUUACUGCUCGGUAUAUGUGAAAUAAUUUCAUCGAUGCUUUCUUCCACUCCUCCUGUUCCUGUUCAUCUACUGGACCCAUUCGUCAUCAGGGGUGGGGUGUUCUUAUUUAAGGCAGAGCUAUUUCAGUUCGCAGAGUACGAGUUGUACCUAGUUUUGCUUGGUGGUCACACUUCUACUCCUCUACAGAAAUUGGAUUAUGUCCCCUUUCUUUUGUUGAACUUCCGACUUGUUCGCGCUGCUGCAGCUCACUACAGCAGGGUAUUGGCUCAACAGGGAGGUAACUCUAGGAAGGUCAGCUGCUACAGUUACAUACCUUUCCUUCUAAUAUAAUAUAUCAUUAUAUAUAUCUAAUAUAAUAUAAUUUGUUGUUGUUUUCCGUCACACUCAACAAUUUUUCAGUUAUCUGGUGGCGCCCAGUUUUUAUUAGUGGAAGAGAGAACCCAGAUACAAUGUACCUGGGAAGAGACCACCGACCUUCCAAAAGUAAACUGGGAAACUUUCUCACUUACCGGGGUUCGAACCCGCGCCGACAGAGGUGAGAUUAUGAUUAUGAGCGCGAUGCUCUAACCACUGUUUGUAAUCCCCCUCCUUUUCUUUGUACUGUUUUUGUUUCACUCUUCAUGUGAUCACACCUGUAAUGGUUCGAUAUUUUCAUUGUCUUAAUCUUCUACCUAAGGGAGGAGAAUGAAAGUGUAAACCUUGAAUUAUUCUAUUUUGUCUGGUUUUAAAAAUCGCAUAUUUAAGUUUAUCCGCUUCAGGGUAAUGUUCAGUGCAAUGCAUAAUAAUGAAUUCAUUUAAAAUUACCCAAAUGGAACGGAGUAACCUUUCAUGUAUGGAUUUGAAACCCUCGUUUAAUAUAGCACUGCAUGCAUAGUUGAAUGACUGCGUUUAUAGUUGCAAUUCAGUCUCUUGUUCUUCAUGAGUGAUUUUGAAACGAUUAAAGAAUCGUUAGGUGACAUAUUUUCUUUAUGUAUUUAUGGACUGUUCUUAGUCUUGGAGCGCGUUCUGAUGUCUAUGGUAGACACCAAAGAAAUACGCACGUUAACUAUGGACUCCCACCUACAUUUUCAACUUGAAUAUUUUCAAAAGCUUCGCAAUUUUGCUGAUGAGAUUUUUUUUAAUGCAAAGUAGAAUUCAUUUGUAAUUAUUAUUAACUUAAAUUAAUUGUAAUUAAUUACAACUCCUUUUCAUUAGGGGAUAGAAAAAUCUGUUCCCUGAAAUCCGGCUAUAAAACGUCAUAUAUUUGUCUCACCUCUUCCAGGGGAGACAUUGUUUAUGUACUUUCUGUCCGUCCGUCUGUCACAAAAUCUUGUGAACGCUAAUUCUCCUCCUAUAUGGCUUAUCGGAUUGACUUGAAACUCUGUACAAUGCUUCAUUGUCAUAUGACGGGAAGAGUCAAUUAUUUUUCCAAAAGUUAUAAGAGGAGUGGGGGAUGUAAAAUAGCUUGUGAACACAUUUCCAUUAUGGCUUAUCUGAUAGAUUUGAAACUUUGUACAAUGCUUCAUUGGCAUAUGUGGAUACAUGUGCAUAUUUUCAGGACAGGAUGAUUCAAUUAUUUUCCUAAAUGUUAUAGUGGAUCUAAGAAGGGUGGAGGAUGUUAAAAUAUUUUGUGAGCACUUCUCCUCCUAUAUGGCUUAUCCGAUAGACUUGAAACUUUUUACAAUAUACUUCAUUGUCAUUUGCAGAUGUUCAUAUUGUAGGGACAGGAUGAUCCAAUUGUUUUCUUUAAAGUUAUAGUGGAUCUGAGGGGCAGAGGGUGUAAAUUUGUGUGUGAACACUUCUCCUAUGUGUCUUAUUGGCGUUUAUAAUGUCUGUUCCUGUCCAUGCUUAUAUUGAGGGGAGGAGGUUUCAUGUACAUGUAUUUGGAGUACUUCCAAUUUGGGGAGCUGGGGAGACUUUUUUUCCCAUAAAAAACAAUCUCUAGUUAAAAUUUUUUAUUGGUAUAAAUAAAUAUACCAUUUAAUUUGUCAAAUUACUUUAUAUUAUUGAGUGAAAAUGGUUAAUCUUUAUAAUUUUGAAAUUUAUUUGAUAACCUAAAAAAAAAAAAAAAUGCGAGUUACUGAACAUUUUCUCUGCAUGUGUUUUGGUACUUGUAAAAUACCCCCACCCCCCACUCAACCUCCCCCGUGAAACAAUAAAAGUUUUGGUAUAAAUACCCGUUAAAAAGAAUUUGUGUUUCACAGGGGGGAAAGAUGAUUUUAUAGUAAAAUACGUGAUUCUAACCCAAAUUAUACUGUUAAAACUCUCAACUUUCUUGAAAAUUCAUUUAAAUAUUUAUGUUGUCAUUAAAAAAAUCAUUAAAAAAUUCUAACUUGAUAAAUUGACCAGAAGGUAGGCUGGUGACCCGUUAAUCAUUUCAAUAUAAACUGACUGUUCAAAGGUCAUACGAGAGAAAUCACCCCCACCCCAAGAGAGUUCGAUACAGCUUUGAUAAUUAUUGUACUAAAUGAGCUCCAUUUAUUUUUUAAAAGUACAGAUGAAAUCGUCGCCAGCCAUGUACGUUUCAGCAGCCGUGGUUUGUGACGAUGAGAUGAAAGUGCACACUGGUGUGUCAACCUGAUCUCUGACUCAUCGAGAAGCGUGGGUGAGCGCUGUUGUCCAUGGGUCACUUAGAUAAAAAUUACUGGUAUGAAAAAUUGAUAGACAUCAUCAUGACCAUGUUAAAAGUGCCCUUUGAAAUCAGCCGUCGCUUGCUACGAUAAAGAUUGCUCUCAGUAUAAAUCGGGUUAGACAUUCUCAGAAAUGCGAUCAACGAAACACGCUAGAAAAUCUAAGAAGGUAGACGACGCGACAAAAUUAUUUUAAUCUAUCAAACUACUGAUUUAGUAUCUUGUAACAUUAAAAGAUUAAUUGCAUGCAGAGAGAUGUCGUGCAUUGACGGGAAAUGGUUUCGUGAAAUGAAUGAAAUGUGGUCCGGACUCUGCUUCUCAUUAGAGAUAGAACAGAUUUUGCACCAAGAAAAAUCUAAAUUUCAGGAGAUCCUUGUGUUUAAAAGCAAAUCAUUUGGAAAUGUGCUAGUCCUGGAUGGUAUUAUUCAGUGCACAGAGAAAGAUGAACAUGCCUAUCAGGAAAUGAUAGCCCAUCUCCCACUGUCCUGUCACGAAAACCCUCAACAGGUGCUUGUUGUGGGCGGUGGAGAUGGUGGAGUUGUUAGGGAAGUUCUGAAAAACACCAGCGUUCAGAAGGUCAUUUUGUGUGAAAUAGACGAGCGGGUUAUUGAGGUGUGUAAGCUGUAUCUGCCCAGCAUGGCCUCCUGUCUCAGUGAUCCCAGAGUGACUGUGUUUGUGGGAGACGGAAUCAAGUACAUGAAGGAACACAGUGGACAAUUUGAUGUCAUCAUUACAGAUUCACCAGACCCUAUCGGUUUUGCAGCAGGACUGUAUGAAGAAUCUUAUUAUGCCAGCAUGAAGGCAGCGCUGCGUUCCGGCGGAAUCAUUUGUUGUCAAGGAGAGAAUCUGUACCUCGAUCUUCCUUUGAUUCAGAAGUUGAUGGGGAUCUGCAGACAGAUCUUUUCUGCUGUUGGGUAUGCCUAUACCCUUAUUCCAACUUACACCGGAGGACAUAUUGGUUUUGUUCUCUCCAGCACCAACCCAGAUGUUAAAUUCAAUGAGCCUAGAAGAAUUUACAAGGAGAGUGAAAUCAAGAAGAUGAAAAUGAAGUACUAUAAUUCAGAAAUUCAUAAGGCAUCCUUCGUGAUUCCACAGUUUGCAAAGGAGGCGUUGGAACAGGUUUCCAAUGGCGUCUCCGACACCUGAUGAUGGACUGUUUGGUUCUGAGUUGCCAGCUGCACCGAUUACUGUGUAAUCUGUUUGCCCUUCUUGCACUCAUCAUGCACUCAAUGAUGUGUAUAGACUGAAAACUUUCAAUAUACAGAGGUGAAGAUCAGCUGACUAACCUUUGGUUCCUCGGCUUAACCAGUAGUCCAAAAUAGAAUGAGUUGUUUUUUCUUGAUAUAGGGCAGUUUAGAUAUAUUUUACAUGUUCUUUAUAUAGUUCGUUGUCUAAAUACUCGUGCAUGUCAUCAGUAUGCCAUUAGUGGUUACAUUAUUGCGUAUAGAUUUAUUUCUCUUUCAAACUUGCAGUGUCUGACCUAAAAUCUACAUCACAUUUUACUGCUAAUGACCAUUGUUAUGAAUUAAUUCUUUGAAUGGAUUGUCAUUGUUAAUCAAGAAUAUUUACAUUCACCAAUUUUUUGUCAAUAAUCUUAGCCAGUUCAAUAUUCAUAAUCCCUCAUGUUGGAACUGGCUUGCUUUUGUAUGGAAAGUAUUCGGGAGCAUAAAAAUCUAUAUCCUUUUUUAGUUUACAUAAAUUAAGAUAUAAGGAAUUAUUGUUGAGUUUGUAUGUGUUAUGGGGAUACAAUGGAAUCAUGGGUAACAUAAUGGAAUCAUGGGUAAUAUCUGUACAAAUCAAUCCAUGCUUUUGUAACGAGAAAGCUAAAACAUGUAUUUUUUAAACGAUUUCUCUUUUAAUAUAGAAUUUGAUUGGUUCAUAUAUCUUUAUCAACAUUUUUGUAUGGUAUAAACUCAUUUGAUGUCUUACAAAUGAUGUUACUAUACUGAGCUCUGGUAAUUCCAGUUCAUAUACGUAUAUAUAAGUAAGUAAUUUAUUUAUUUCUAAUUUGGGGCGCAAAGGGCAUACAAAGAAUACAAAAUUCAUAUACAUAAAUCAGAAAAGAGUGAUUAUCCAGGAGAUAGAUAAAGAAAUAAUAAUAAAAAUUUUUUUUAUAAGUUUAUGAUAAAUCAGCUUUUCUCAAUCAUGUUGCUAUUAGGGUUUUGCUUCAUGUUAUAUAAAAUGCUUAUUUUCUUUAUAAUUCUUAAUUACAUCGAUUGUAAAAAUAAUCUUUACUUGUUUUAUGUGAUAUUAAGUAAGGUUGGACAGUAUUCACUUUUUAUAUAAAUUAGUUUUUAAAGCAUAAACUGGCCCAACUUGAUAUCAGAUAAAAUGAGUAGAAAUACUUUCAUCAGGGACCUAUAUACUUAGUAUAUAGGUCCCUGCUUUCAUUCCCUAAUGUUAUGAGUGUUAGAUUAGGAGUCUACUCUCGAUCUACACAAGGUGUUUUUUUAAAAUGAUUUUUAAAAACAUCACUUUUUCGUAUUGAUCAUGACUAUAUUUUUAGGUUUUAAAUGUGAACAAAAAUGAAUUAUAAAAUAUUUCAAUGCUGUGUCCAAAUUCAGUGUUAUAAUGUGUUCUUCCUAAAUGAUUGUGUUGAAAUUCAUUUUUUAGCAUUCUUUUUUUUUGUUUUUUUGGUAUUUCAUAACUGACAUACAUGUAGUGCAAACAUUUCUGUUUAUUUCUUGGUUUCUAAAUCAGAUUAUUGUCAACUCUCAUAUGAUGAGAGGAAAAUAUGUAAUUAAGGUAUGAGAAUAUGGAAUGUAGACUAUCUUGAUGAUGAAGUCUUUUGACAUUUGUUAUUUUAAGUUUCUGAAGACUGGCACACCAUCUAGUGCAUGAUAUGUGAAAAAGAGCAAGGAUAUCUUUCAUGGACCUUUAAUAUGUCUCGAACAGAAUUAUUAAGUGUAUAAAGGCAGACCAUAUGAUGGCAAGCAAGAGUUUGAUUGAUGAAAAAAACAAGUUUGUCUUACAACUCAGUAGCCUUACAAUGCAAUCUUACAUUUAUUUUGAAAUUCAUCUCUUUCUGUUCUUGAUUUUUUUUUUUUCAAAAAAAAAUCAGUAAUAUUACACUUUCAUAAGAAAUUAUUAGUCCCUUUUGUCGUUUUUUGACUCAAAUUCCUGUAUUUUUGUAUUUCUUUCUGAUUAAAGCUGAACAAUUCACGAAUAGAGUGGACUUGUCUCAAUUCACUUGAAUUCUGACAAGACUUUGUUGUAAAACUAGUGGGAAAUGAAACUGUGUUGAUGACACUCCAACCUCCAGGUUAUUUGUUUUAUACAAAUGUUUCUAUUUAUCAAAUAUUGUUUAAAUUUUAUCGGUAAUGUUAAUGCAUGUAAUGAUGCUUUUAAAUUUAAACUUUGGUUUCAUCAGCUUUCCUUGGCAUUAAUUUUCAAAGAAUAGUUACACUGAUGUACUGAUAUGGAAUUUCAAGGAAAGCUAUUUUCUGUUCUUUAUUUAUGAGCAGAGAUUGUAUGUGGCUGAUCAACUGAUUUCUUUAUCUGGCGGAACAAAGAGUUUUCACCUUAAAUUGAUAGAAUACUCAAGAUUGCCAUUUUGAAAUAUUAUUAAACUUGAAAUCCAUUAUUUAACAACUGUUAGAUAUUGUAAAAUGAAACCCCCAAACCUCAAUAAUGUAGGAUGACAGUAGAAUACAAUGUUCUUAUGAAAAUUUAGUUAGUUUUUAACCCUUUUUUAUACGUACAUGAAUAAUUUAUUCCCCCCCCCCAUUAUAAGUCAGUAUCUCACCAUAGGUGUACAUAAUUCCACAUAGAUGUAUUAAUUCCACAUAGGUGUAUUAAUUCCACAAUGCUGUAAUAUUUCUCACUCUGUGUAUUGAAACCUAGUUUGGUUGUUGUGCAAUAUAUAUAAUUAUUAUAUAUCUUCCUUGGCAACUUAGUAAUACAAAGCAGUGAUCUUGUGAUAGAUACUGUUCCUAGUGCUAGAUAAUCUGAUUGUUUUAAUCAUUUGCUCACCACCAAUAGUACUUGCCUCUGUUAUUGAUUAUCAUUGUGAUCCAACUGAUACAUAGAUAAUUGUACAACUAAUGUUGUUAGAUUUUAAUGAUGCAAUAAAUACACCUAAACAAUA